AAUGGCGGCGGAAUCGUGUGUAUCCUAAGUAGAAAAUUUUGGGUGGAAAAAAACGGGGUCAACUAUCGUGGAUCUUCUUGUUUAAGAACUGUUUCGUAGCUGAUACAUGAAGGAAGUUGUUAAGUAAGAUGGCUGUCAGUCAUACAGCGCUAUCUUUACUUUGAAGCCACGAAUCCUAUACUGCUCUACCGCAAUGCGGUUCGAAGUGGCUUGAAAGUGAAAUAUUGCGAGAUCGUUCUUGGUGGAAAUUUACUUAUUUCCAAUUCAGGUGCUCUACUUAGGAAACGGAAAUGAAAGACAUAGCAUUCCUAGAAGGCAUUUUAGCCGCUGUUACAUCUCAAGAUACCCAAAGAAGGCUGAAAGCGGCAGAAGACUUCUCGAAUUAUUUAAGUGUUCCUUCUAAUGGCAUUGAGUUCAUUGGCUUCGACAAACUGCUCGAUGGUCUCGUUGGUUGGGUAAACAGCAGCAAUUUCAAGAUAAGCCUGACUGGACUGGAUCUCCUUCAUCAGAUUGUCGAUCGUCUCGGAGCAAAUUUUCGAAGCCAUCUCUUGCCAGUUGUUCCUGCUAUUGUGGAGAGGUUAGGUGACAGCAAGCAACAGGUGCGAGAUUCUGCCCAAGAAUUACUGCAGAAGUUUAUGUACCCAGUGUCUACACCUCAGCAUGUUCUUGAACAACUCAUCCCAGCAUUUGGUCACAAGGCUUGGCGAGUGAGAGAAGAAGUGUUGCAUUGUCUGAUAACUACCUUAAAUGCGUUUGGCCCAUCAUCUCUCACAGUGUCAAAAUUUGUUCCGCAUAUCUGCAAGCUUCUUGGUGAUCCUAACAGCCAGGUUCGUGACAGUGCCAUUAACAGUUUGGUUGAAAUUUACCGACAUGUUGGUGAGAAAGUGAGAGUUGACCUGAGCAAAAAAGGAAUUCCAUCCUCAAGGUUAUCUAUUAUUUAUGCAAAAUUUGAUGAAGUGGCUAGAUCAGGGAAUAUGGUUGUCAGUGAACCUAAUGGAUCCUCAAGAGUAAAUGGAGAGGUGGAGACAGACGGAGCAAAGCUUUCCACACCAGCGCCUUCCAGAACAACAUCGGUGAAAAAAGGCGGACCACAGAGAAAAACCAGUGGGUCAAAAACUUCAGGCCCAUCAUCUAACUCAGCGUCUGCAGGAGCAGUUGACGAGGCAGACUUUGAAAAUGCAUUUCAUGACUGUCCUGAAAUCAAGGUUUAUAGCAGUAAAGAACUAGCAGAGGAGAUGGCGAAGGUUCAGUCCGUGUUAUCGGAUGAUAAAAACGAUUGGGAACACCGGGUAGCUGCGCUCAAGAAAAUUCGCAGCUUAAUUAACGGAGGGGCUCUAGAGUACGAUAACUUUGUGUCGCUGGUGAGGCUACAAGAGGGGGCAUUCAAACUCUCGACAAAGGAUCUUCGAUCGUCUGUCACGAGAGAGGCUUGUGUAACCUUAAGCUACCUGUCUACCAUUUUGAAGAAUCAGUUUGAUCACACGGCAGAAGCUGUAUUACCAACCCUCAUCAACUUAAUCACCAACAGCGCCAAGAUCAUGGCAACGUCUGGUCACGCUUGUAUCAGCUUCAUUCUAAAAAACACUCAUUCUCAUCGGCUAAUUCCAGUCAUCACUAACAAUAUGACAUCCAAGUCAAGUAUCAUUCGACGCCGAUGCUGUGAGUAUGUAGACCUGUUUCUUACUCAUUGGGAGACGCCCACGAUAAAAUCCCGCGUUAGUGAAAUAGAAGAAGCCAUUCGGAAAGGAAUUUCAGAUGCUGAUCCUGAAGCAAGGGCAGGCAUGCGAAGGGCGUUUUGGCAUUAUCAUGAACACUUUAGAGACAGAGCAGAGAGCUUGUUGAAAUCGUUCGAUGCCUCAAAGCAGAAACAGCUCGAAAAUGACCGUAACCUUUCCAAUCUUGGCCCUGUAAAAACUUCAUCGUCCGGACGAUUCGUUGCUGUGAAACCGAGCAAGCCAAUUUCUGGAAACAGAGUGCGCUCAUCCAGUGCGGCUAGCGAAGAUGGCACGACAAGCUCACGGCACACAGCACCUUCCCGUCAGACAGUGGGAGCCUCGAGCCGUGCCGCGAGAACCACUCACAGAGAAGAUUCCCGUCAUGCUGUGGCAUCCAAGGCAACAGGCUCUCUUCUCUCUCCCAUGGCUUCUCUCGGUCGUUCCCUCAGUAAUAUCGACCAGCGGUCGGCUGAACGGGCCAGUGCGCGUUCUAAGAUCCGCGCAGUACCUCGAACGUCACCUCAAAGCCAUCACGUGCAGCAGCGCCAAAUUCGACCCCAGUACCCUUCUAGGGGCACUGUUUCUCAACCUGGAAGUCGAUCCCAGUCUCCCGAACGAUUGCUGUCCACCUUCCCUCCUCGGGAGAGGUCUGAGGUGUACUGUCGGAGAGAAAGCAUAAGUAGAACCAAGAUACCCACUCCAAGAGUUGCUCGAAAUUGCAGCAACGAGAGUCUAAAUAGUCCUAGGAGCUACUCGCCCCAACCCUACCCUCCUCCCUCUCGAUCUUUUCUUCCUGUUCCCAGUCCUAAACUUCAUCUUUCUCGGCAUCUUAGCUUCGAGUUUCUUCCCAGACGGCCUCGUAAUUCUUCUGUCUCCUACAUUCCUGUUCCGAGCUUUCGUGCACGAACUGCUUCUCAAUGUAGCUCACGCGCGAGCUCCCGCGCGAGUUCGCGCGGAGCGAGCAGAGACACCAGUCCUGACCGGAGAGGGGACAGGCGAAUGAGUUCAGAGCGAGGAUACAGUCCAAGUCAUUUACCGGUGAUGAAGAAGACAAGUCCGUUACACAAUCCACCAAUGGUAAAACAGUCAAGUCAAGGCGAGUCCACGGGUAAAGGUGUCACUGAAGAAGCGGUUUGGAACGCUUGGCAUAAAAGCCCAUCCAGACGAAAAUAUUCGUUUGGUUCUCAAUGUUCCGAUGACGACGAUAGUGACGUGGCCAGUAUAUCAUCUGAGAGAUCGUAUGGAUCUAGAGGCUCGCGGAAUCACCCCAAACACUUGGAACCUGGAAACGAGGUAGCUGAAAUAGUUCGUUUAACCAGCAGUAACGAAUGGUCCGAUAGACGGGAUGGUGUAAUUUGUCUGCAAGGUUUCCUUCUUAACUCGGGAGUUCUCAGUCAAAUAGAACUUGGACGAAUAAAGGACUGCCUCACAAGAUUGUUUUUCGAUCCACAUAAUAAGGUUUACAGUCUCUUUCUGGACGCGUUGUGUGACUUUAUAGUCGUAAACAAAGUCGAUCUCCAUGACUGGCUGUUUGUUCUGUUGUCACGCCUUCUCACCAAACUCGGUACAGACCUGUUGAGUUCGUUACAGUCUAAAGUGGUCCGAGUGCUGGAUGUGAUCAGGGAUUCCUUUCCAUAUGAUCUUCAGUUCAGCAUUUUAACAAGAUUCAUCACUGAUCAAACUCAGACGCCAAACCUUAAGGUGAAAAUAGCCAUUUUGCAAUAUUUGCAAGGACUUAUCGGCCUGAUGGAUCCAAGCGACUUCACCAACUCUGGUGAAACACGUUUGGCGGUCUCUCGUAUAAUCACUUGGACCACGGAACCGAAGAGUGCAGACGUCAGAAAGGAAUCAGCAGCUGUUAUUGUAGCUCUAUUUGAACUGAACACUCCAGAAUUCAGCAUGAUGCUGACCGUUUUACCGAAGUCAUUCCAGGAUGGUGCAACGAAGCUGCUCCAUAAUCAUUUAAAGAGUAGUACACAGGGUAAUGAGCCAUUUGCUGCUGGCCGUGGAUCACCUUCGUCUGCUGGCUCUAAUUUUGAUGACGUCGAGAGCGAGCGACCACGGUUAAGACUGGGUUACAGAACACUCUCCUCGUCCUCCAUGAAAGGACUCUCUCCCGGAAAGGACGAAAACCCGGGCUCGCCUGAACAUCACACAAAGAUUCCGACACCAGCGAAAACAGCUCAAAGCCCUCGAGGCGGUCAGACGAGGUUUGGUUUCUCACCGCGGACAAAUGGUAACUCGGUUAAAAGAGACAACAGCUUCGAGGCUGAAGCGAUCAGCUCCAGUGAGUCCUUAGACGGAAGGUUUGCUUCGCCCCCACCGCCACACCGUGGGGAAGGCUCUUCUCAUCCACCGGAAGACGCUCCAAGUGUUUCAUCCGGGUACCACAGUGACGAUAUCGCAUCUGCUAACGUGGAAAACACUGCUCAAGCAACGGCAGCUGGCCCGCCAAGCUCGAGUGGAUCCGCGGGACAAAAAUAUGACCCGAGACAAUACCAAGACCAGCAGAAUGACUUCCAUCCAGUUCCUGAAAUAAACGGUUUUCUUACCGCUGGCCGGAAGAAGAAUGGUGAAGUGGAGGACGAGCUGGAUCGGUCAUUAGAAGGAAUGGAACACAGUGAUGACCACUUCGAUAAAGAUGUGUCUCUAGAACACGCAGAUGCACUCUCUCCUAUCAUGGUCCCCUUGGGGGCACCGUCGGGUAUGCAGUCCGAUGACAAGAAAGAGGCGCUGGGAGAGUUGCUGAGGAUGACCCGAGAGGACACUCCUGUGCUGUGGGAGGAAAACCUUAACACUUUGUUGUCUUUGCUCAUGAAGAAUAUCGGAGACGAUGAGCCCGCUGUUCGACUGCUGUCACUUCGCGUCCUGAGAGACAUGGUACGAACUAGACCCCAGGCAUUCAACAAACAGAUUGACAAAAUGGUGGAGACAGUUCUGAACGCUCACAAAGAUGUACAAAAAGAGGUUGCUCGAGUGGCCGAAGAAGCUGCUGGGACGAUCGCCAAGAAUCUUCCGCCGGAAGUUUGUCUUCAAGCUUUGUCACCAGUCCUGCGGGAAGCUGAGUUUCCCGUCAAUCUUGCAGCUCUUAAAAUGAUCAUGAAGGUGGUCGAGGACAUUGAUGACGAAACAAUCGAGGAGAACUUAGGAGAGAUCGUACCAGGGUUAGUCAGGUGCUAUGACCAUGUAGAGAGCAGUGUCCGUAAAGCCAGUGUGUUCUGUCUUGUGGCAAUACAUGGUGUGGUUGGCGAAGAAACUCUGAUGCCGCAUCUGGCUGAGCUCUCCGGAACGAAGAUGAAACUGCUAAACCUCUACAUUAAGAGGGCCCAGGCCGGCAACGGCGGAGGGCGUCCGUGAGAUCCUGGUGAUGAGUAAGGAGAUAUUUUCUUACAUUCCUCUCUCUCGAGAGGAGUUCAGCAGACCCAAGCCGAGUCUAGGGAUUAACUUUGGUUGCACUGUGGUCAUCGCGAAUAUUAUUGAAGGUGCAAGUGUCAAAGAUUUAUGACCGAGCUUGGUGUCCAGGCUAAAGUGUUGUACUGGAUCACCCGACAAUUUUUCGGCGCAAUAAUGGGAAAUUGCGGCUGAGUUCACUAUUGCAAGGAUGGCUUUCGUGUAUCGUUCUGUCGGUCUAAAGACUUUGAAACUAAAAUCAUUGGAACCCGUCAAACCACGAUGAAAGAGUCCUGGAAACUGCGGGCUUUUAACGAUUCAACAACUGUUGACGAAUUCCGUUUAACAUUUUCCGUUGACAAUAGAUCUUCUGUUGGCCAACUGACCAUUUGACAUAUUUCCGUUGUUGGCGACUAUUUUUUUAUGUAGUAACGUACAAAUGAGUCGUCUCUCAUUGUUUACCUGUUCAGGAACUGAGUCAUAACUCCGGCAGCGCCGCGGGGGAGGCGCGUGUGAAGGCUAAAACGCGCAAGGAACGAGCUUGUCCUCUUGUAGGAGACACAUCGUUUUAAACAGCUCCCGCAUUGUAUGGAAAUCUCAUGUUAGGAAAACUACCUUAUGGGCGAACUUCAGUUAAGAAUCCUUUUCUGCUUACAUGGCUCGUUCCAUAGUGAUUGGAAUCUUUAAAUUUUUUGCAAUAUUUUAACGGCUAGCAUUUGUAUGUUUUUACCGUUUUCAUUUUGUAAUGUUACUUUCUUUUGUCAUUUCUACCGCGCACAAAAAGAUUAACUCUUAAUGUUGGCUGUAAGCUUUUGACUAAUUACCAUUGGUUGUCAGUUGCGUGACUGAAAUGAGACGUGACGUUCGGCGCGUCACGCAACACCGUGUCGGAUAUGUUUGCGAUGGAAAUAAUAUAUUUAUUUUUAAUAUAGAGUUUGUUUGGGUCGCAAUUAAAUAUCUGACAGUUUUAUGUGUGAAGUAACAUGAACUAAACCCGUAAACAUUUAUUAAGCUUGGUAAUUCCGACUCCAAUGUCGGGAAAUGGAAAUAGCGAAAAUAAUAAAAAUCUUUAUUCAAAGGUA